AUGCUUUUGCCCGACUUUCCUGGCCAGGGUCAGGAUGGACGCAGUCCUGUUAGUCCAAUCACUCCCAUAUCCGAGGAGUCAGCAGAUGGCGCCGAGGAUAAUCUCAACCCGUCUCCGGAGCAUCCAAUUGAACAGCUUCAAGGCCCCUUUGAAGAGUCCAUUCGUGAAACCAACCACAAAUCUGCGAGUCAGUGGGUGGUGAAUAUCGAUACACAGUCCCGUCGUCGGGAUCUACUGGAGAAUGAUGAAUACGAGCGGCUCUGUGGUCGCAAAUGGCGCCAACGGGCCUCUGAACGAUAUCAUCCUUUUUGGAAGCUGAUUGCACAAAUGGUGUUUGGAGUUCAUUUACUGGCGAACCGAUUGGCCAAAUCAGAGCCACAAGUUAUGAGAAUCCUGCAAAGUCAUGUCGAUGAAAUGGAUGGCUUUCUGCAAAGAACAACCGAGGAUUUUCUAAUUAUCCAAAUGGACGUUCGCACUCGAAUUCAAUAUUUAAGCCUUCCGCUCGACAACUUGCAUUUGUUCGAUCGGAUGCUCGAGGAUCGCAAUUUCCGCCUCUCAUUGAUAGCCUACCACGAUCAGAUAGAACAUGCCGUGGACAGGUUCACCCUUGCCAUUACAGAUUCAAUUCGCGAUCUUCUAAAAGGCAAAGAGGCAAUCAGUGUCCUGUGGCACUAUCUCCUCGAGAAGUCCGGGGAAGGUUGUUUUGAGACCCACAGCCUGAAGGCAUUCUACCAAGCAAUGAUGGACAACCUAGAAGGCUGGCUCGAAGCCUUCUCCAAACUCCGUCGUCGUGGUACAUCCCUCCAAAAGGCACUUGCCCAGCUUGCUCUAGCAGUCACCGAGAUGCAACGCCGAGUGGGCGUAGCAAGCAGGAAGGACGUGCGCUCAUUCGUUAAAUCCUCUCAAACCACCCGCACCCGAUCAGUCAGACAGAAACUGUUCUCCCCCUCACUACCCUCAGAGAAACCACUUCCCCGCGACCCCCUACUGAAACCAAAGAACUCAACCAAGCCGGGCGAGGAGGGAAUAAGUACAGGAAAGGGCAAUGUGGGUCGCAGUACUACCAACCCCAAUGCUUCUAAGCGGGAAAGUAACAUCCCCAGGGUCCUAAGUCGCGCAAAAUCGUGUAGUGCCCUGGCCAUGGACGAUAGUUCCACCGCGACCACCCCUACACCAGCCCCGGUCCCAGUCCCGCGUCCAAGAACAGCAAACAAACUGACCAGAAGACUAUCCAAGCCCUUCCUCCCCAAGAGAUCACUCAGUGAUGGCGAAAAGGCUGAUACGGAACAGAAUCAAGACCGUCCCGCCUCGGCCCCAGCCCGCACCCUCAAAUCCCGCAGCGUGUCCAUGGAACAGCUAAAAGCGUUAUGGGCGAGUAGCACCACUCGUCCCCGAACACAGCAGUCCAUGGCCCAGGCCCAGGCCCAGGCCCAAGCGCAAGCUCAUUCCUCAACCCCAACCCCAACCCCAAUCCCACCCCCACCCCCCGUCCCCCCAAUCCCCGAAUCCCACCGUGUCCCCAAACAAACCCCCAAACAGGACGAUCCCGAAAAAGAAACCUACGAGUCCCUGAAAGAGCAAGUCUCCCAGUUCCUCAAAACAGACCGCGUGGUCGAAGCCUGGGAUACCAUGGCUACUAAAACGGGCACAUGCGGACGCACGCUAUCAAAGACCGCAAAGGAGUGGCCGUGCAGCAUCUUCCGGGCGAAAUCGCCCAACGCAUGGCGUGCGCGCUCGAACGGAGCCACUGAUCUGGGCGCUGCGUCAUCGCCGGACUACGAUAGACAGAUGUCUUGGGUGCAGGAUGCGCCGGAGAUGCUGAAUACGUACUCGUUUAGACAGAGGCCGGAGAUUUCGCCGCGGAUCCAUGUGCUUUCGGUGCAGAUGAUGCUGGAUGAGGAGAUGGAGGAGGUUGGGGGUCCGGUGGGCGGGCAUGGGAUGGCUGUGGAUGAGAUUGAUAUCCCUGAUUCUGGGUCGAUUAUUACUGCUCUCCCGGCGUUGCCGCCUCCCACGCCUCCUACUAUUCCUUCUGUGGCGCAGGAGUAUAGGCCCAGAACUGUUGAGUGUGCACAGGGUUGA